UGGAGGGACUGCCCAACAGUAUCAGGAUGUAAAAGGAACACAGAGCGAAAGAAAGUGUGGCUUCAGCAGACACUCUUGAUCAUCAGUCAUUAAAGGCUGUCAGAAUUUAUAUCAAAAAAUAAAAUAGUAAAAAGACUGGAUAUUGUUUGUGAAGGGCGUCUGAACAGAAGUGAAGGUAGAAAGAUUUGGACGUUCACAGCAGGUUGCUCUCUGCCAUUGUCUGCCUGGGGGAAAAGAAGGCACAGGUGUGAAGCUUUCAAUCACCAGAGGUGCAUUGAGACAGCUCCGGGUCCAUCCAGAGGUGUCUACCUCAAUGAGAAAGGACAGAGGCAGGUCUGUGUGCUGCUGAGUGUGAUGGGGAAAUUGACACUAAAACAACGGCUGGUGGGAACACUGGUGGCUGCAGUUGGAUGCACAAGUCUCAUUGCUCUUAUCCUUAUGCUGGUCCAGAAUGACACUGUGGAGCUGCCACCCAGCUUUCAGUAUGGGAUUGUGUUUGAUGCUGGGUCCACUCACACAGCCCUCUUCCUCUACAAGUGGCUUGGAAAGAAAGAAAACAACACAGGAGUGGUCUCCCAGGUUCUGGUCUGUGAUGUUGAAGGACCUGGGAUUUCAAGCUAUGCCCAUGAUCCUCCUGCUGCUGGGCAAAGCCUUACUGCAUGUUUGGAUGAUGCUAAGGCAACCAUCCCAAUUGGCCAAGAAAGGGAUACACCUGUAUACCUGGGUGCCACAGCUGGCAUGCGGCUUUUGAGGCUACAGGAUGCCAACAAAGCAGAUCAAGUUAUGGAAGAGGUGGCAAAGAAAAUCAAAAAAUAUCCCUUUGAUUUCCAGGGAGCACGAAUACUCUUAGGCACAGAAGAGGGAGCAUACGGCUGGAUCACCAUCAACUACCUUUUGGAACGGUUCAUUAAGUACUCCUUUGAGGGUAUGUGGUUGAAGCCCAAAGAAGGGGAAAUCCUUGGUGCUCUGGACAUGGGAGGUUCCUCCACCCAGAUCACUUUCAGACCAAGAGACCCACUAAAGGAUCCCAUAUCAGAAGUCCAGCUUCGUCUGUAUGGGUUCAACUACAACAUCUACUCUCACAGCUACCUGUGCUAUGGCAAGGAGCAGGCUAUGAGGAAGUUGCAGAUCCAGCUUCUCAAGAUUACUAACAUGUCGCAGCAGGUAUACCAUCCCUGCUACCACCAUGGCUACAACUUAACACUGGCAUUGGGUGACCUCUACAAUUCACCCUGUGCUGAGAAAACAGAUGCAUUUGACCCAGCAAACUUUGUUACCUUCUUGGGGACCAGUGACCCUGGACAGUGCCUCAAACUUGUGAAGACCAUUUUCAACUUCAGUGAUUGCUCCUUCCCACCUAAUUGUGCCUUUAACGGCAUCUACCAACCCCCCGUUUAUGGCAACUUCUUUGCCUUCUCAGCUUAUUUUUACACCUUUGACUUUCUUGGCCUGGCCCCUCAGGCCCCACUGCCUCAGGUUCUCAGCACCAUAGAGUCCUUCUGCAAAAAGGACUGGUUAAUGGUGAAAACAGAGAAUCCCAACAUUAAGGAUAAGUACCUUCUGGAUUACUGUGCCUCAGCCAACUACAUAAUGACUUUACUACAGGAAGCCUACAAGUUCAACGAGACAACUUGGAGCAACAUUUACUUCAAGAAAAAGGUAGCAGACACAGAUGUUGGCUGGACGCUGGGAUACAUGCUGAAUCUGUCCAGCCUUAUCCCAUCUGAGCAUCCCCUGUUGAUGAGUGGAGUAAAGCAUGAGCAGUGGGCGGCUGGGGUAUUCUUUAUUGUCUUUGCCCUCUUCCUCAGUCUAGUAGUCACAGUCAUCCUUUGUGCAGUAAAUAUAAACUACUGAGAGGUAUUGAGCACUGGGCUCAAUAAUUAAUCAAACCAAAAGGGAUAGAUUUUUUUUGCAAGAACUAAAAUAUGUAGCAAAACGGGUGUUUUAGGUUUCUAAAUAUUGGAAGGAAGGGAUACGUUAGGGAAAAACUGUAUGCUUUCUUUCAAGCUCCAGAAUUAGAUUUGAUUGAGCAGUACUUAAAUAAAUACUUAUCAGAAUUUUGCAUCUC